CCCCAACAGGGGGCGCAUGCGCAGUUACAUCCGAACGGAGAAGCAGCGUGCGUUUCUUCGUUGGCUGAUUCGAGACGGAGGAGGAGGAGGAGGUUACUCGGGGCUUGCCUUCCCUUUCCUUUCCCCUCCGCGGCUGUUUGCCGGCGAUGCGGUUGCGCUUGGCGGCGGCGGCGGUUCCUUCGGAGGCCCCGGUUGUGUCGCGGGGUUGAGCGGUGGGGCGGGCCAAGAUGGCGUGCGUGCUGGAGGCGCCGCUCCGCAUGAGUGUCCUGUCGGAAGUCACAGCUAGUAGUCGCCACUAUGUUGACAGAUUAUUUGAUCCUGAUCCCCAGAAAGUCCUGCAGGGUGUCAUAGAUAUGAAAAAUGCUGUAAUUGGAAACAACAAACAAAAAGCCAACUUGAUUGUUUUGGGAGCAGUUCCAAGGUUGCUGUACUUGCUUCAGCAAGAGACCUCCAGCACGGAAAUGAAAACGGAGUGUGCAGUGGUGCUAGGAAGCCUUGCAAUGGGUACAGAAAACAAUGUAAAAUCUCUACUGGACUGCCAUAUCAUACCAGCCUUACUGCAAGGGUUGCUGUCACCAGAUCUUAAAUUUAUUGAAGCUUGCCUCAGGUGUCUUCGCACCAUUUUCACCAGCCCUGUAACUCCUGAAGAACUAUUGUACACAGAUGCUACAGUUAUUCCUCACCUCUUGGCACUGCUCAGUAGGUCUCGAUAUACUCAAGAAUACAUAUGUCAGAUCUUCUCACAUUGCUGCAAACUCCGACACUGGCAUAGCUGCGGCUUUAAAUCCUCGCCUCAGCCACUUCUAUGUGCCAAUGGUCCAGAUCACCAGACAGUCCUGUUUAAUCAUGGCGCAGUGGAGAAUAUUGCUCAUCUGUUAACGUCUACAUCUUAUAAAGUUCAAAUGCAAGCACUGAAAUGCUUUGCAGUUUUAGCCUUUGAAAACCCCCAAGUAUCAAUGACUCUUGUAAAUGUGUUGGUUGAUGGAGAAUUAUUACCACAAAUCUUUGUGAAGAUGUUACAAAGAGACAAGCCUAUUGAAAUGCAGCUCACAUCAGCCAAAUGCCUUACUUAUAUGUGCAGAGCCGGAGCAAUCCACACUGAUGAUACCUGUAUUGUAUUAAAAACACUACCAUGCUUGGCAAGGAUGUGUAGUAAGGAGAGGCUGCUAGAAGAAAGAGUAGAUGGAGCAGAAACUCUUGCCUAUUUGAUUGAAGCAGAUAUUGAGCUGCAAAGAAUUGCCAGUAUUACUGACCACCUUAUUGCAAUGCUUGCAGACUACUUCAAAUAUCCCAGUUCAGUGAGUGCCAUCACUGACAUUAAAAGGCUUGAUCAUGACUUAAAACAUGCUCAUGAACUCCGCCAGGCUGCAUUCAAGCUCUAUGCUGCACUUGGAGCAAAUGAUGAAGAUAUACGAAAAAAAAUAAUUGAAACUGAAAAUAUGAUGGAUCGGAUUGUGAAUGGUUUGUCUGAAUCUAGCAUCAAGGUGCGAUUAGCUGCAGUAAGGUGUUUGCACAGUUUAUCAAGAUCUGUACAACAACUCCGAACAAGUUUUCAAGACCAUGCUGUAUGGAAACCAUUAAUGAAGGUAUUACAGAAUGCUCCAGAUGAAAUCUUAGUGGUAGCAUCUUCUACUCUAUGCAACCUUCUCUUAGAAUUUUCUCCAAGCAAAGAGCCUAUUUUAGAAUCAGGAGCCAUAGAACUUCUCUGCAGUUUAACCCAGAGUGACAAUCUUGCCUUGCGAGUGAAUGGCGUUUGGGCUUUAAUGAACAUGGCAUUUCAAGCAGAACAGAAGAUCAAAGCAGACAUUUUACGAGGUUUAAGUACAGAACAGUUGUUUCAGUUACUCUCAGAUUCUGAUGUAAAUGUGUUGAUGAAGACUUUGGGACUACUUCGAAACCUUUUAUCAACUCGUCCUCAUAUAGAUCAGAUAAUAAGUACUCAUGGGAAACAAAUAAUGCAAGCAGUAACACUCAUCCUGGAAGGAGAGCAUAAUGUAGAAGUCAAAGAACAGACUUUAUGUAUACUUACCAACAUAGCAGAUGGAACAACAGCAAAAGAACUAAUUAUGACAAAUGAUGACAUCUUGCAAAAAAUAAAGUAUUACAUGAGUCAUUCGAAUGCUAAACUUCAGCUGGCUGCCAUGUUUUGUGUAUCUAACCUUAUAUGGAAUGAAGAAGAAGGCUCCCAAGAUCGUCAAGAUAAACUCAGAGAUAUUGGAAUAGUAGAUAUUCUACACAAAUUAAGUCAGUCAUCAGAUCCAAAUCUUUGUGAUAAGGCAAAGACAGCACUUCAGCAGUAUCUUGCAUGAUCAAAGACAAGUUGGACUUUUCGUACAACUCUCAAAGCUAUAUAAUAAGGAAUAACAGGAAAUAGCCACACCUAAUUCCUUAUCUUUUGCACAAGGCACCUUGGGCUGCGUUUCUCUCAGGUGCAGGGAGCUGCUUGGCAGGAGCAGUUUAAGUGAUCAGGUCUCCAAUGCACUUGAGGACUUUAUUGAGGUAGUUUCUUUGCUCAGAGGACUGUUCUGGGAUUUCCCCCCCUCAGCUACCUGAACUUUACUAGAACAAUCAGUGAUCUUUAUCUUUUGGGUCUACAAUUUUCUGCUUCUACCACGGCCAGUGUAAGGCUGUGUCUGGGUGGGUGUGAUACCUCAGAGCUUUUGUUUUCUUUGUUUUUCUACAGAUUUUCAAGGAUUAACCAUUCUUUGCUGUAUGAAAACUUUAAAGAAUUAUAUACAAUUUGAAUUGAAAUGUUAUUUAAAAACAGUUUUGUCCCUUGGAGUUUAUUUUGAUCAGAUGAAUGUUUUUAAGUAAAAAUAUGCAUUUGUUAAACCUCAGCUUAAUGUACCUGUACUUCCUCUUUUGAAACUAAAUGAUACCUAAAUGACUGGUAGCACAUGUAAUGGGACUAAAGCUGGCCUCCUACUGCCAUGUGUUACUAGUGCCAGCUCCCUGGACUUGGGACAAGGAAGCUGAAAGAACCCAAGAUGGAGUGGAGCCUUCUUAAAUUGACUUUCAUAUGAUACAAAGGUUGAACUUCUGGAAAUCAUACCUGCUGGGCUUACCCAGCAAGAGAAAUAUAGUUCCAGUGCCACUGCUGCCUCUGAGAAAUUGCAUGUCGUAGAACUCUGCAUUGUUCUUAUGACUUGAAUCUUUGAUGAUGGAUUGUUUGAAGGUUUUUUGAUAAUGGCCACUGCUGUUGGGAACCACAUAUGAGUAAAUGUGAGAAGAGAGCCCCAUCUAUGGUUUGAGUACAAAUGAAACUCCAGAUUCUAUUUCAAAAAAACAAAAGAUUAAACAAGAAGUGCAUGAUAGUGGGAUUAAACAGUUCCCUGGAGAAGAAGAGAGCGAAGAUUAAUAUGAGGUUUUAAUUUGGCAAAAUGUUUUGCUUCCCACCUCAUGCCUUGUAAUUAACCAGUUAGGUUGUCUGUGGAUUGAGCCUAUAGAUGUUUGCAUCAAGAGAUGAGUGCCUGUCAGAGGUUGACUGUCUCAUUUCACUCACCAGCUUUAGUCAUCCCAAACUUUUAUUUAUAAUGAAUGAAUAUUCACAUGCCUAGGCACAUUGCAUUGAUUAUGACAAAAGUUAGAGCCUUUGGCUGGAACUGUUCAUGAGCUGGAGGGAGACUGCAAAAUAAAACCAGAAAUUUUAUAUAAAGUUUUAAUGUAUUGUUUUACUCUGAAAGGCAAAUAACAGUGAUUCAGGGAUAUUAGUAAGUGAUGCCAUUUCUCAGUGUCAUUGCUACAAGCUUGUUGGGGUUGGGCUUCCGCAGGUCUGCGCAGUGUGCCCACCUGCUAACUAAGUACCUCAGAAAUAAAGCCUUAGUCAAGUUGUUAAAAUGACUGUAGCCUUAAUAAUACUGAGAAAAAUCACUUCCUGGCCAGAUUUGUGUAAAUCUACUCCCAGGAGAAGGAGUGGGUAGAGGGGAAGACUUUCUUGGCCUGGUUGCUGUUUUUGCACUCUGGAUUGUUUCAACACAUGCACUUCCAAUGUUGUCAUGUCUCCAUCACCCAUAUGCAUAUCCAUCUUUAAAAUACAGAUAUGCCUAAAACUGUGUCAAAUACAGCUGAGAUGUGCAAAUUUUCACCUUCACACUUAAAUGGUUGCUUUUCAGGAGAGUGGCCCUAUAUGUAAAGGAAGGAUAUAAACUAUGCUAAGACAAUCUGGGUAAUGUUGGGGGAAAGGUUGGUGAAAUAUUAGGAUGGUAGGUGAUAAUGAAGUGGCAUUUUGCACUCAGUGAAGCAUUGUGAAUACUUUUUUGAUGUUGCUAUAAAUAUGUACAAAUAGAAAAACACUGUAAAUAAAAAAAACUUUUAUUGGAGAACAUAUUUGAAAUGA